CUGUUAAAAGAAUAUUGUUUACGUUAAUCAUUCGUAUUAAGAGGAUUCAAUUGACGGCGACGACUCCAACGAACUCUGCGGUGCGUUUAGAAACAGGAGCAGUGGAAUUACAAUUGUCGAACAGAGUGCAAAACGUCUCCGGUGCCACUCAACCGAAUCCGUACAUGAAACUAUUCGGAAAAGCUCAACUUGAUAUUAAUCUGAGCCUCGGGCAGUUAUUAAAAAACGUGUUAUUCGACGAAGCAGAGCCAGAGUUUCAACAGUUUGCGUUUUUUAAUACAAGAGUUGGUCUACGAAAUGCUUUCCAAGAAGAAAUGGCACAGGGCGAGGAUAAGGAAGUAGUGCUGAUCACUUUGAAACGUCCAUUAAUAUACGUUCAACCGAUGGCGAUCGACAAAGCUAUACUCGUCUGGUUGAAUUAUAAAAACGCUUACGAAUAUUGGAACGAGAAAAGAGCGAAUUUAAAUAAGGAGGUGUUAACAGCUACUCAACAGGUGUUCGAGAAGGUGCCGUUCGGUCAGAUAACCAGUCAAUUAAGCGCCCCUCAUUUAGGUACGUUGUUCUUGCAACUGACUGUGGACGACAUGGGCAUUUGCGUGCCACUGAAUCCCCUGCCGCUCACUUGGGGCAGAGGGUUGUACGACGGAGAGCUGAGAGGUGCUGUCGUAGUAACGUUAGAGAACACGAGCAUAUCAGCGUGCAGCAGUGGUAGUUUAGUCAGUAAAGCAAGAUUUAUGGGACUGUGUUUGAGAUUUGCCGACGAUUUUGAAACCUCCUUGGACGAUUGGAAGCCAGACGUGACUGAUAGUAGUAUAAUGAAUUUGUGUAUGGUAUCAGAAGGCACUUAUGAAGUUUGUAGUAGAACGAUUGCACAAAAGCCAGAUAAAUCAGAUAAUGCUAAAUGGAUACUGAAUGUACAAUGGAAAAUGGAGGGCGUCGAUAUUCAUUUAGACGUGAACGUCGGCCAACAGUUGUCAGCGCUUGGACACACGUUGACGAUGUUAACCGGCUCUGAGGAAGACGAUAUUAACGUUCCGGCGGAUUAUGAUAGCGACGAUGCAGAUCAGCCAGAUAAUAGUACUAGCCAGGUUAAGAAAAAAGAGAGUAUAUUGAUGAAGAAAUCGAAGAACUGGACGGACAGUCUACCAGCGUUCGUGUUUGAUCCUUCGCUCGAUGCAAAGAAGCGGUCGAAAUUGAUUGAGAAAGAGAUGAACGAGCAAGCGAAGAUUAUAAACGAUUUAAGAUCUUUAGGAGCUUCGCAUGGAACCAUCGAACAAGAAAUGAAACGUCUACACGAACUGGAAGCUAUGGUUUUCAAAGGUUUCAGAAGGAACAUGAUCCAAAAGUUAAGGAGACAGUCGGUGAAGGCAUCAGGAAUAAAAGUACCCUCGCCAACGCUUGAGAAUCAGCUUAAAAGUCCCGAAGACAUGAAUAUGGAUGUCAAUUCAGCGAAUUCUGCCAGUUACGAAAGUAGUCCCAGAAGCGGUCCCAGCCGAUCUGCUUCCCUUCGCGUGAGAGGACUUGGAGGACCUCGAGUCACUUUCAGCGACACACACACAAUGGGCAGACAAUCGUCGUUACCGAGCGCUGGCUCUGAAUUAAGUUUGCCUGAAGGAGAUCUGGAAUGGCCCGAGAGUAUAGAAAUCGAUGGAGAACGAGUGGAAUUAAGAAAGAAGAGCAGAGAUAUUAGUUACACGUCGAGUUAUGACAGUAUGGAAGGAAAUGCCCCGUUGCUCGAUUCGUUUGGAAAAGAACAAUCCUCGUCGACUUCAUCUCCGUACAUAACACCUCAGAAAGCUCAGGAGCCUAACAUAGACUUCGAACUCGACGUGAAGGUUUUCAUCAACAGUGGCAAAUGUGUUCUCCAUACGAAAGAUCCAGGGAGAGAAGACGAGAUUAAAAUUAUGAGCAGAAUGAAGAAAGAACGAUCGUGUUCAGGAGGGACGUUCGAAUUCCAACCGAGCAGUCCUAGCAGUAGUCGAAAGCAUUUAAGUAGUAAAGAAAAAUCGUCGACUACGAGUACAUCUCGACUGCGAUAUCUCCAACACACGAACGUACCUCUGGUAGAUUUAACGAUUUUUCAUAUUCCUGGAUUAGACGUGAAGGUACAUUACGAGUCUAGAACGCUGCCUGAGGAAUCAGUGUCUCCUCGUAUAUCUUCAGACAACAGCCUGCUUAAUCCCUCGUCUGUAACUGCGCUUAAGAAAUCCAGCACUAAGAAGGCCAGCUUGUUUGCUUGGAUGACUCUGCAAAGUAUACCGGAAGAAACUAUAAUAAGCCCGCAUAUUUUAGAGUUUUUGGAGCAGACGUUAGAACCGAUACCGAGCAAGACUAACUUCCAUAGCACUGCGCAAACGAAUGCUGUGUUCCCUUUGGAGAACAUGGAGAGCACUUCUUGGGCCGCCACCGCAGCCAGCAGUAAUUACGUUUACGCAAGCUUCCCAGUGGAUGUGAUAGUAUAUUUUCAUAUGCAACCUUCUACGUUUAGGUAA